CCCAAGAUGGCGGCGCACUGGGAGCGUAACAUUUGCGUUUCUAGGAUCCACGGGCCGCUGGUGGCUUAAGACUCUGGGGUUGUACAGGCCCGCGCUGGACUAGUCGUCUGGAAGGAACUUGGACCUCAGAGAUGGCUCUGAGUAAAUCAAUGCAUGCAAGAAAUAGAUACAAGGACAAACCUCCUGACUUUGCAUAUCUGGCUUCCAAAUAUCCAGAUUUUCAGCAGCAUGUUCAGAUAAAUCUGAAUGGAAGAGUGAGUCUUAAUUUUAAAGACCCUGAAGCAGUCAGAGCUCUGACUUGUACUCUCCUAAGAGAAGAUUUUGGACUUUCUAUUGAUAUUCCGCUGGAGAGACUAAUUCCCACAGUUCCCUUGAGACUCAACUAUAUUCAUUGGGUAGAAGAUCUGAUCGGUCAUCAGGACUCUGACAAAAGUACUCUCCGAAGAGGAAUUGACAUAGGUACUGGGGCAUCCUGCAUCUAUCCUUUACUUGGAACAACCUUAAAUGGCUGGUAUUUCCUUGCAACAGAAGUAGAUGACAUGUGCUUCAACUAUGCAAAGAAGAAUGUGGAACAGAAUAACUUAUCGGAUCUUAUAAAAGUGGUAAAAGUACCACAGAAGACACUCCUGAUGGAUGCUCUUAAAGAAGAAUCUGAGAUAAUCUAUGACUUUUGCAUGUGCAACCCUCCCUUUUUUGCCAAUCAGUUGGAAGCCAAGGGAGUAAACUCUCGAAACCCUCGAAGACCCCCACCUAGCUCAGUAAAUACAGGAGGGAUCACAGAGAUCAUGGCAGAAGGAGGCGAAUUAGAGUUUGUUAAAAGGAUCAUCCAUGACAGUUUACAGCUUCAAAAAAGAUUAAGGUGGUAUAGCUGUAUGCUGGGAAAGAAAUGCAGCCUGGCUCCUCUGAAGGAAGAACUUCGAAUACAAGGGGUUCCUAAAGUCACCUACACUGAAUUCUGCCAAGGUCGGACAAUGAGGUGGGCUUUGGCUUGGAGUUUUUAUGAUGAUGUAACAGUACCAUCACCACCAAGUAAGCGAAGAAAAUUAGAGAAGCCAAGGAAACCCAUUACGUUUGUAGUAUUGGAAUCUGUGAUGAAAGAAUUAUCCCUCAAAGCAUCGUCUUUGGGCUCUGAGACAGUGGAAGGCAUAGUAGUUGUGACAACAUGGAUUGAAAAAAUUCUCACCGAUCUGAAGGUCCAGCAUAAACGAGUUCCCUGUGGAAAGGAGGAAAUUAGCCUUUUCCUAACGGCCAUAGAAAACUCCUGGAUUCACUUAAGGAGGAAGAAAAGGGACCGAGUGAGACAACUGAGAGAAGUUCCCCGAGCUCCCAAGAACGUCAUCCAAGCCUUGGAAGAGAAAAGGUCCCCCGCUAAAGAGUCUGGCAACAGCCAAGACUUGGCUCAGGGUCCCCAGGAGAGCGCUCUGUGCGGGCCUGCUCUACAGGAAGGCGAGUCUGCCACUGUGGAAGGCCAUGGCCCAAACCAAGACUCGCUUUCCCAGGAGGAAAACCCAGAACCCAUGGAGGAUGAAAGGAGUGAGGAAAAGGGAGAGAUGGAGGUUUGGGAAAGUUGUAAAGGCUCCAGUAAUGGAGCCCAGGACCAAGAGGCUUCUGAGCAAUUCAGCAACCCAGUGUCUGAAAAAGGGAACCAUCUCCAAAGAGUAGCUGGAUGUUACCUAUUCAAGUGUUUGAUAAACGUUAAGAAGGAGGUAGAUGAUGCCUUAGUUGAAAUGCAUUGGGUUGAGGGCCAGAACAGGGAUUUGAUGAACCAGCUUUGUACUUAUAUACGUAACCAAAUUUUCAGGCUUGUUGCUAGUUAACUCCAAACUCCUUGCACAGUAAAGCAGCUUGCUUUGGAGUGUGGCCUGUGGGGUGGCAAGUUGAAUCCCACCAUUGGCCCACUGGUAACAUUAUAUGGAAUUAUCUGAAACAAAUUAAUCCAUUUAAAACAUCCCCCUCCCUUUUUUUUUAAGUUAACAGGGCACUGUAGUAUGGUAGUUCAGAGGAAGAAUUGUGGUUAUUUGCAUCAACAAAAAGCCAUCAGUAAACUCACAAGGGAUUUAAACCUGACUUAAGCUGAUCACCUUAGCUUUAGACUGGUUUUCUGAGGCCAAAAGGAUGAUUUUUGCAGUCUGAUCCUGGUCAGAACUUACAGAGCAUCACACUCUGUCACCCCUGGUUGCUUCCUGAGAAGGGGUGACUUUCUCAGCCCCCUGGUGGAGGUGGUAUACCAGAUAGCCCUGUACCACCUUCUAAAGUCACCUUCAAGACUGAAGACUUUGGGUACAUAUAAUUGAUGACCCCUGUGUCAGUCCUGAGAAAGGAACUGGCCUAAUGGUAGGUGGCGGGAGAGUCGGGGAGAGAACGCUCAGUAAUGCCAGGAAGAAGGGCCAAUCAGGAAGCGCCUGGAAACGUCGGAAACAUCGGCAUAUUCCUGACUUUUGUCUGUUUUGAUGUUGGUUAUUUCAGAAACAGAAUUAGGGAAUCAAAACUGCCAGAUGUGACUGAGAUACAGCAGAAUGAAGCCAUACCCCUACCUCCAACCUGUUUAAAGUACUAUUUUGUAGCAGUUUUACUGGUGUGUGAUUUUUUAAAAUUUGUUUCAACAUUUGAAGUGGAGCUAAUAUAAGAGUAUUCAGAAUUGAAAACUGUCAAUCUUGUUUGAAUCCUGGGGUUGGGGAAAAUAUUUUCUUGGCUUUGAAUGGGUAGGUGAUUGAUGAUAGAAAUAAAAAUGGAGCAAGAUAGUUAUGUGUAGUAAGUUGCUUAAGAAAGUCUCACCUAUUGGCAGAUAAGUUGUCGCUGAUCAAAGACGGUUUUUUUGGGUUCCCUUGUAAUCCCUUCUGUGUUUACCUGUUACCAUUGGAGAAUUCUAAGGCCGAGGUAACUAUGUUCUUAAAACAUGUUUCUAAUUGUAGUGUCAGGGCUUGGCAGGAAUGUCUCUGGAAAAGGAGUCUCUCUUUUAUUCUCUUGGUGUCUCAGUUACCCUCUGCUGUGCUUGACUUUCAUGGCUUGAAUUUACACCAGCAGCCUAGGGUUCUAUUUAGCCUGAAAUUUCUGAGUAUGGUACCAGAGCUCCUUGCUAUUUGCAAAGAAGACUGUGUAGUUAAGCCACACUUUUAAAAGGUGACAUUGGUUGGGGCAGAAAACUGAUGACCUUGGCAUACUUUGGCAGCAGCUAGACCAGUCCCUCAGCAAAGAUACAGGAAAUGGAAAUAGGACCGUAUUAUACCUCCCUGUGGCCGUGGAGACAGAGCUGCAGAAGAGAACAUAUUAACCAACCAGUGUUCUGUUUUUGACAUCUUUAUUGGAGUAUAAUUGCUUAACAAUGGUGUGUUAGUUUCUGCUUUAUAACAAAAUGAAUCAGUUAUACAUAUACAUAUGGUCCCAUAUCCCCUCCCUCUUGCGUCUCCCUCCCACCCUCCCUAUCCCACCCCUCCAGGCGGUCACAAAGCACAGAGCUGAUCUCCCUGUGCUAUGCAGCUGCUUCCCACUAGCUAUCUACCUUACGUUUGGUAGUGUAUAUAUGUCCAUGCCUCUCUUUCGCUUUGUCACAGCUUACCCUUCCCCCUCCCCAUAUCCUCAAGUCCAUUCUCUAGUAGGUCUGUGUCUUUAUUCCUGUCUUACCCCUAGGUUCUUCAGGACAUUUUUUUUCUUAAAUUCCAUAUAUAUGUGUCAGCAUACAGUAUUUGUCUUUCUCUUUUGUGACUUACUUCACUCUGUAUGACAGACUCUAGGUCCAUCCACCUCAUUACAAAUAGCUCAAUUUCAUUUCUUUUUAUGGCUGAGUAAUAUUCCAUUGUAUAUAUGUGCCACAUCUUCUUUACCCAUUCAUCCGAUGAUGGACACUUAGGUUGUUUCCAUCUCCGGGCUAUUGUAAAUAGGGCUGCUAUGAACAUUUUGGUACAUGACUCUUCCAACCAGUGUUCUUAACCUGGUCCGUGGACCUCUGGAGAACCCAUAGCCUCCUGGAUUAUUUCCGAAAGCUCUGGACAUAUUUGGGGUUUUUUUCUGGAGAGAAGCAUCCCUGACUCAGAGUGGUUAGUAACUCACUGAAGAUUAGGAACCACUCUGCUAGUCCAGCCUCUUCUUUGACAGGAUAAGGAAACCAACACCCAGGGUCCCACAGAGCCAAGAUUCAUUGCAGGGCCCUAGAUUCCUGUGCUCAUCUCCUGUACCCACCCACACCAUCCUGCUCUGCUUACCUCUUAGGACACAUUGGAAUCAUAUGCUGGACCCAAACCUAGUUUAUAUCUUCAUAAAAUUUUAGGAUAAGUGAGUUAGGUGACAACCAUUCACUCGAUAAGUGGUCACUAAGUAUUUGCUUGUUUGUUUCACUAUAAAAGAGUAGUGUGUGCUCAUUAUUAAAGAUUUGGAAAGAUGAAAGGAGAAAACAGCUUCAAAAUCACCCCUAGUCUCAACCUUCUGAAGCACAGCCACUAUUGGUAUUUCAGUGUUUCCUUCUAGUCUCUAAUCUCUUUCUGUAGAUGGGGGGUGUGAGUGUGUGGGUUCAACUUUGGUUGUGUUCAUGCUGUAGU